UGGUGUAAGGGUUCUUAGAGGGGGGAAAAAAAAAGAAAAGAGGCUGCAAGGUACAGAUUUGAAACAUGAUACCGCAAAGGGUGAAGAGAGGUAAAACACCUGUCGAAAAAAAAAGGUGGAGUGCUUACAAGGAGGAGUAAUAGGAAAAGAGUUUCAAGUUACUAAGGCUUAAAGGGAACAGACGUUGACUAUUCAUAGGGAGCUGCGUGACAUGUACCUUAUCACAACGGUUGAGCUCUGCAGUCUUCAGAUCGCCUUGGUCUGAUUCUGAUUCUUAAGGCGCAUGUCUCGCAUCGAAUCAGUGUCUCAUGCCGUUUCGGUCAGGUUAACCAGCAGUUUUCCAACGGACGUCGUCCAGUAAAGCAGUGCCCCUCCGCGGCUCAAUCAACUUGUACGUUACUGAGCCGUGUCAACUGUUAUUAUACUCGAGAUCCCUCCGUAUCGCAUACUCUGUUUGAAGUGAAGUGAAGAAGCACGUAAGCAUAAGGUAAUGUUUUUCUUGGCGGUGCUUUCGACGACGACCAAAGUGAAGUCGUUUGUUUUCGUUUCGUCUGUCCAGGUGGUGCCACACGCUGUGCGGGAGCCUAUAUAGUGUUUCCAAUUGAGACCAAGACCUGUUUUCAACUUUCUACCGCCCUUUGUUUUUCUUAGCUAAUACCCAUAGAGACAGAAUUGCUGGCCUUGCUCGACCUUAUUGGGAACGAUAAUUGAAUAUUCAAUUUCAUCGGCGACGUGCUGUGGAUACUAAAACGUCUUAUCCAACUCUCUCUCUGGGCGUUCCACGUUAGCCUGCUGAAAGUUAGCUGUUUCGGUCAAGUGUAAUCUCGUCAGUCUAUCAAGUUCUUGGACAAUGAACAGUUACAUUAAACACUGGAAUCGUUGGAUUGCGCGACGCACAUUCUUCGAUUCGCUUCAGUGUUACAUCGUAUUGGAUAUCGCAUCAGUUUCGACAUCCACGAGCCUUGCACGCCAGUUCUGAUAGCACGACGCUACACGCAUAUCAUCAACAUAAACAUUCAGCCCGUUAUUGUUCCCUCCGCGCAUUCCGCAUUUACCGUAUGGACCAAAUAAUGACUGCGGAAACGUUCAAGCUAGGACAGUCUGCGAAGUUGUGGAACUGGUUUGACAGAAUGCGAUUCGAUCAUCAGCGCCAUAGUGUCAAAGAUUCGUGCAAAGUUAAGUUCGAUCAAGCAGGCGGCAGUGUUGCGGAUAUCACGGCGAUCACCGAUCCUGCUGCCAGAUGUCUGACGCAGGACGAAAGCCCAGCAAAACGGAGGUGGAACGCUAAAAGGAUGAGGCGACCUGUUUCUUGUUACGUUUUUACUUCAGGAAAUAUGGAAGUCGAAAGGAAAUAUCGCUCGCAUUAUGAAACACACUUUCCCUCCUCCAAGCCAAUUCCGCAACGGGUCAGAGCAGCCAAGUCCAUUCAGAAUCUCACAUCGGUCGAUACCAUCGACCGCCAGAAUACUAGGACUGGGCUACGAACCCAAUUGCCAUGGCUUCCGGACGGCAACAGCAGUUGCAAAGACAGUAGAGUGGUCGUGACAAGUGGUGUUAAUGAUACUAUCCCUGUUUUUGACGACGAAGACGACCGAGAUGAUGCAAUGACUCAAACUUGCGCCCUUGAUCGGUGGGCCGAAUCGCUGCCGCAUAUCGAUAGUGAUGUCAGCGACGACGACGACGACGGCUACUGUUGCUACGAUACUCACGAAUACGCUAAAGCGCUAGUGUUGCCAGCUUCGUCGACCACCUCCGGACUCGACCAAACCCACUCUGGCGUCCAGCCAGAAAAUAUCGUUCAGCCAAAAGAAAACGAAUCAACAAUCAAAGAAAAGAUGCCCAAUAGUCUUGCGGCGGAUGCGGCGCCGCUGGCGGUACACACGACGGCCGGCCGGAUGACUGCCGAGUCUUUGUCUGUCGAGAGUCUGAGCCCACUCGUGAUGGAUUGCGGCGUUUACCUGCCGGGUUGCCGACACCGCGGUCGCGCUCUGGUCGUGGCUGAACUGUCCCUCCUACGGAGCCACCUACCGCCCGUCUCCCACUUGGCCCAGCUGGUUGCCUAUUAUCAGACCGUGCCUCGCAAAUCGGCCGCAAAGAACGGACUCAUAUUACUGGUCGUCGGCCGACCGGACCAGUCCAGCAGCGCUUUCGGAUUGAUCGAGCAACUCCUGUGCCAUUUUCACGAACGCCAGCAAAAGUGUAUCGAUGAUGUCGUCAUCUGGAGCGAAGGCGGGGCUGUCCCUGAAACCCAUUUGAGACUAUCUGGUCGAACGUGUGACGUCAUUACGUCGAUCGGUCAGCUGCGCGAGAGGCUGGCCGUGGCGCUUUCGCUGGGCUGCUGCGGUGGUCCCAUUGCUCACAAUCAGCACGACUGGAUCGCGUUCCGCAAGAUUGUGGAGCCUUUCCUCAGUUCAUGCCGUCAGCGAAGUAAAGUUCUGUACCAAGUCAUUAGCUCCGUCCGGAGUCAAAUGGCGACGACCAGUCCGCCUGGCGCACCCCUCCAGAUUCAAUCGGCCCUCGAAGAAUUAGACAAACUAUACAACGCCAGCUCUUGCAAUCCAGAUCUGAUUGGUCUGCUCGCAGAGGGACCUCGAAUUCUCCAAGAGGUCAGCAACGCCAAAACCCGAUUGGGAGGCGACAAUGUCGACGCAAGAGAAACCAUGGAGCGCUGUUCGGCUUUGUACGCCGAAGUCCAACGGAGCGUGGGCCGACUGGCUCGGGUCUGUGAGCGGCGCAGAGCCCAGUUGGAAAAGCACCUGCCGUCGCCCCUGCCGACGACCAGCCAGGAAGGCUGUGACGACGUCGACGACGGCGCCGCACGCAUCGGCGAUGGCGAUUCCCUCUCCGCAUGUCGGCAGAUCCUUUCUUGGCUGUGUCGGAAAGGUGAGGAAACGCUGUCACGCUAUCACGUCACGCUGGCCGACUCGUUAGCCGCCGCCAAGUCGCAACAGCGAGAGUUUCAACGAUUCCUCAUACUAGCCCAGAAACAAAUUGUCAAAGGUAAAGAACUACUGGAAGAAUUGCAGCGAGAUUCCGGCGUGACGGCCACUCCGGGCUCUACGUUAGUUCCCGCUGAGUCGAGAGACGAACAGUUGGCGGUCGCCGAAGAUCCUGUCGGCUCCAGUGCCGGUCGUACGAUAUCCAGCAGCAACACCAGUAUCCUCGACCUUGCCUCUUCGCUGCAAUCCCAGCUUUCCAAGUUCGGUCAUCGACUGGACGAUACCCGCGAGCGAUUGGAGGAUACCUCCCGUUGCUAUGAACUCCUCGAUAAGGCCUACGAAUGGGGCGUAGAGGCUAUGAAACUGGCCUCAAAACUCAAGCUGGACCAACAACCUUGUCCUCCGUCCGUGGCCAGUCACCUUCUUCACCAGGUGGAUGCGUUCCUGUCGGCCGCGGAUAAGAUUUCGCACUCGACCGCGCUAGAAGACCUCAACACCCUGGCCCGUAAACUUGACAAUCCAAAAUUACUCGACCAGUGCAAGUUGGCUCAGAAUAGAUGUCAAGAAACCAUGGAGCUGUUGGAAUUUCGUCGAAGAGUCUUGACAGAUUACGUCAAGGAAGAUGAAGCCAAACGACAGGACGAACAGCAUCAAGCGCAACAACGACAAGACAAGGAUGAGGUCGAAACGAAUAUCUACGAGAACGUGGCCGAGUUGAAUGCGUCAUCUUCGUGCGAGGAUAAAGUGGAUGGCCUAUCCAAUAGUAAAGAUUACCCGAUUUGGAAAAAGAACGAGACGGGCAACCAGUCGGUGAGGGCAGCAGACGAUGGCAAUUGCGUUUUGUUGCGUGUUAAGAAGAAUUCCAGCCCCGACGCGCUGGCCAAACAACAACAGCAACAACCAAAUUCGGUUUUGAACGGCUACCCGCCACUUCCAGCUGCGCGGGACAACGUCCUACAGCUCCGGCACGUCACUCUCCAGCUAUUCUUCAUCGUCGACCAGCUGGAGCUCGCGGAUGAAGUUGGCCAUGAACCGGAAACUGUCGACGUCCGGCACGGGAGACCACAUUGCCCGUCGACGAUGUUUCGGAUGGCAAUAAGAUGGAUAAGAGCGGAGUUACCAGUACGUGUAGCAAAACAGAGGAGGAAGAGGAUCACUCGGAGGAAGUGUCAGUCUGCCAAUCCCCCAUUUCCGUCAACAGCCACUUGCAGUGCAGAGCUUCAUCCAUCGACUUAUCGUUGCCCAUUGCCGAAAUGCAAGAGUCAGGAUUCACCGAAGACAACAUCAAAUCUCAAAAGACCUUAUUUCUCACCAUGCGGGAAAUGAUUCAAACUGAACGUGAUUACGUCCGCUCUUUGGAGUAUAUAAUCGAGAAUUAUAUCCCGGAACUGUCACGCGAG